UUGGGCCUGACGUCUGGGGGUCUAGGAUCCCUGGGCCCAGAGUGGUGAAAAGAGAAAACCUAGUUCCUGCAGGUUGCUCUCAGACCUAAACGUGCACCCCUCCCCAAUAGAUAAAACUAAUUAAAAGCAAUAAAACUUUCAUGUCUGGCAUCUGAAGAUGGGUCUUACGGCUUCAGAUCCUGUGAAAGUCCUGUGUUACUUUGCCAGUAGUAAAUUAGAGUUCUGUAAAGAUUGAAAAUGAUGUCUGGCAUAUAGUAGGCACUCCAGUUUUUAAUCAUUAUUUUAAUGGAUACCAUAGUUCAGAUACUGAAGAAAAUCCAAAUGCAAUGAAAAUUAAUUCUUGCUUGCAAAAACUGGCGGUCUAGUUUGAAUGGUCAAUAACAUUCUUAAUCAGAAAAUUAACAAAGAAGAUUGAACUGUAACUCUAAUGUCGGUACUCAUUAGCCAUAAUUUAGAUUUUAUUGAGCAAAGGUUGAAAUGACUUGACAGUGGCAGAUAGGUCUGUACCAAUGUCAUUGAGCAAUGGUGACAGUUUUUGGUUAUGUGUAGUUGUAGCAUAUGACUGAGCAGAAAGGAAGUAAAAUUGGGAGAUGGAAGAGGACAUUUUUUUUUUCUUUUUACAGUGACUUGAAAUGGUGAUUUUAGUUGAUAGACUGAAAUGAAGCUGUAAAGAAGAUUAUCAUUGUGAACCUUUGUGGUUGGUAUUUUCCAAGUCACCUCAUUUCUGGAGUAGAGUGGAGAUUAAAAUAAGGUUAAAGUAGAUGAAAGCAGGGCUACUUGCCUCAUAACUGUUGAUGUAGUUUCGAUUUAAGUUAAAGUUUUAUUAGAUGUUCCUAUUAUAAGCAAAACUUAUGAACACCUACCUAUAAUAUAGUAAAUUCUUUCCACAGCAUUUUCAGAAUUAAAAAGCUGUAUUAAGCCUGGCAGUGUUCAUGCAUCGCUAGAGGCAGAGACAGGUGAACCUCUGAGUUUGAGUACAGCUUGGUUUACAGAAUUAAUUCCAGAAAAGCGAGGGUAACACAAAGUAACUGUGUCUUAAAAAACCAACAGCAACAACAACAAAAAGCUGUAUUAAAUAUAGGUCACAUAUAUAAAUGUAUUGGUUAUUAAGCUAUACUUCUAGAUAAUUAGACAAUUGUUGGAAUUUAAAGUGAGACAUUCUUUUUACUUUGUCAUAAUACUUAGGAAACCAAUAGGACUUCUUAAAACUAUUUUCUUGUUAGUAAACAGGCAAAUUCUAUAUUGCGAAAAUACAGUAGUUAGUGUGCCAAGCUGUGCAUAUGGAUGGCAGGGAACUACUUUCAGGAACCAUGUAGGUCUUGAGAAUUUGGCAAGCUUGAGUGCUGGUGCCUUCUUGUGUUAAACUGUCUCUCUGGCCCAAUUGCAUAUUUUUCUAAGAUUCUUGUAUAAAAAUAUGAAGGCUUAUGAGAAUAUCUUCAGAAAAACCUGAAGUAAAAGUCGUUUAUUGGUCAACUAUUUGGCUUGUUCUUACAGCUCAUCUUUCAUAGGCUUUAAUUUUUAACACUGAGAAAUGGGGGAAAUUUGGAAUAUUUGUGGCAUCAAGUUUGAAGUGUUUAUUCAUGCUAUAUCAUUAAUACUAAACAUGUCACCAUUCAUAUUUAUGUUCUGUGCAGCUCAAUCUGUGCUGAUAGCUUCAAGAAGUAGUCAUUACCUGGUAAAGAACACAGUGCCUCACGUGGAGCUUGGAACUGACCUCUGGCAUUGCUCAUAAUCAGCAGAGUUUUCUCCAGACUUUUGACAUGGAGACUUCCAACUCUAGGUCUGUGCAUGUGGAUGAAUGGCAGAAGAAUUACUUCGUAGUUACAUCCCGCACAUGUACACCAAGACAGAAGGCAGAUGCAUAUCGUGCACUUUUACUCCGUAUUCAAUAUGCAUGUGCCAACUCUGAAAUCUCUCAGGUCUGUGCUACCAAGCUGUUCAAAAGGUAUACAGAAAAAUAUUCUGCAAUUAUUGAUUCUGACAAUGUGGAAACUGGCUUGAAUAACUACGCAGCGAGCAUUUUUCCUUUGGCAGGAUCUCAACAGGCUGACAGUGACAAGUGGCAAUCUGGAUUGUCAAUAAAUAAUGUUUUCAAAAUGAGUAAUGUACAGGAGAUGAUACAAGCUGGCAAGAAAUGGAAAGAGUCUCUGUUGGAACCUGCUGAUGCAUCAGUAGUCAUCUAUAAAGAACCUACUGUCUUUGAGCUUUCUGAACCUAGUGUGUGUGGAGGUUCUGGAGAGCCUGACACAGAUAAGACCCAAGCUAUCCCAGAGAGCAGUUGGAGACAUUCCCCAUUUCACAUGUGUCCCACCUCCUCAGCACCAUUAGGUGAGUCAGCCACUCCAACAUUUCACACUCCACCAUUAUUUGGGAAUACCAAAAAGGAAACUCACAGCUCUCCUAAAACCAGCACAGGACUAAAUCUGUUCUUAUCUAAUGUGUCUUGUUUCCCUUCUGGCUGUGAAAAUCCACGAGAAAGGAAGGCUUUUUAUGAUCCUGGCACCAUUGACAUGCUUUCCAAUUCAACACUGAAUAAGGCUUUUAGUAAGACUGAAGACAGUGGCCAGAAGGAAGAUAAUAGCCUACCUGCCUUUAAAACUGCAAAAGAACAAUUAUGGGUAGAUCAAAAAAAAAAGUGCCACCAAUCCCAGCAUACAUCCAGGUCUUCAUCUAUUGUGAAAAAGUCCCUGGGAGCUGGGAGAUCAAGAGGAAUAUUUGGAAAGUUUGUUUCUCCUGUAUCUAAUAAGGAAGAUGGAAGUGAGCAGAGUGGAAGGAUGAAGCAGAAGUCUACUAGGGCAGAUUCUACAGAACCAACACACCUCUUUGAUGACUGUCUGAAGAACAUAGAGCCAAGGAUGGUUGAACUUAUUAUGAAUGAAAUUAUGGACCAUGGGCCUCCAGUACACUGGGAAGACAUUGCCGGAGUAGAAUUUGCCAAAGCCACAAUAAAAGAAAUUGUUGUGUGGCCCAUGCUGAGGCCAGAUAUCUUUACUGGAUUACGAGGACCCCCUAAGGGAAUUCUGCUUUUUGGCCCUCCAGGGACUGGUAAAACUCUUAUUGGCAAGUGCAUUGCUAGUCAGUCUGGAGCAACGUUCUUCAGCAUCUCUGCUUCGUCUUUGACUUCUAAGUGGGUAGGUGAGGGGGAAAAAAUGGUCCGUGCAUUGUUUGCUGUUGCAAGGUGUCAGCAGCCAGCUGUGAUAUUUAUUGAUGAAAUUGAUUCUUUAUUGUCUCAACGAGGAGAUGGUGAACAUGAAUCUUCAAGAAGGAUAAAAACGGAAUUUUUAGUUCAGUUAGAUGGAGCAACCACAUCUUCUGAAGACCGUAUUCUUGUGGUGGGAGCCACAAAUCGGCCCCAAGAGAUUGAUGAGGCUGCCCGGAGAAGAUUGGUGAAAAGGCUUUAUAUUCCCCUCCCAGAAGCUUCAGCCAGGAAACAGAUAAUUGUUAAUCUCAUGUCUAAGGAACAGUGUUGCCUCAGUGAUGAAGAAACUGAACUGGUGGUGCAGCAGUCUGACGGGUUUUCUGGAGCAGAUAUGACACAGCUUUGCAGAGAGGCUUCUCUUGGUCCUAUCCGCAGUUUGCACACUGCUGACAUUGCUACCAUAAGCCCAGAUGAAGUUCGACCAAUAACCUAUAUUGAUUUUGAAAAUGCUUUUAGAACUGUGCGACCCACUGUGUCUCCAAAAGAUUUAGAACUUUAUGAAAAGUGGAAUGAAACAUUUGGUUGUGGAAAGUGAACACAGCAAUUGAAGGGAGAAGCUGUCAUGUAGUAGUAGUUUUUUAGCUUUAGCAUAGGAAGCUUGGGUGUGCUACAUGUAUUGUUUUGGAGUAUAUCCUGAAUUCUAUGCCUCAGAAUAACAGCUUGCCUACCGAUUGAUAUAUUAGUAUGUUGUAUUUGCCUUCCAGUUACUGUGUUAUGUAUAAGCUCAUGUCAUUUAAAUAGAAUUGUUUUGUUUUCUAAGUGAAUUGAUAUUAGAACUUUAGUAUGGCAAUAAUAAGCUUUGUCAGUAUGGUAUGGCUUACAUUUGAAACAGCAUUGCUAUCUUGGCCUAGAAAGAGUUAAAAUCUUACCAAAGGCUAGAGUGAAAGCAACAAAACUAAACUACAUUAACCUAUGCUGGUUUGUGACUUGUUUUGUGUUUUUUUUUCCCUAUCAAAAUUAACUGAUAAAAACAUUAGAAAUAGCAAGAUAUAAUCUGCUGUCAGAGUUGUACCCUGCCCAAACAAAAGACAGUAUGUUUUUUUUUUUCCCCUCCAAUGGGUCUAGAAUGUUUUCCAUUAAUAUUUUAUCUGGUAAUACUUGAAAACCUAUUAUUUCACCCUCUUUCAAAACUAAAUGUUUUAAAAUUAUUGUUAUUGUUUUGUAAAACAUGUUCACUGUAGAAACUUAGAAGCAAAGAGAAUAAAAAUUGUUAGUUUAUUACCACUUG